UAACUGGAGGACAUCUACAACGGCGCGCUCCGGAACCGCCAAGACGAAUAAAUGCAAAAUCGGCCCGUUAGAUAUUCUCAAAUGUUAACAGCGGAGACGCUUUUUGCAACGAAAGUGCUCACACAAUGCGCACUCGCUUUGUUCCAACUGAUUACUCCGCCACUGCCGCCGGGGAUGGUCCGUCCGAAGCUGUAGGCUUCGACCUUCUUCCUCUCCCAGACCUUUCUCCCCGAGAUUAUCCUUCGUCUUAUUCAGAUUUUUGGCCGACAUUCGAUGAUAUUCCCUGGUUUGGAAUUUCCAGUGAGGUUGAUAAGUUACCGAUCGACGAUGCUCUUUCGAUAUUUUUAUCCGAUGUCCUUCCUUCUCUCAUUGAUUGUAGCGGUGUCGAGGAACUGAUGGUUGACAGUAGUCGGAAAAAGCAGGCGAUUGUCCUUUCGGAGGAGAAAGAUGGAAAGGAUUCCAAUGAUAAGGGUGGAGAUGGACUUAGAUUUAUGCAAUUUGAAACUGCAGAGAUGGCUGAUAUAUCCAUGCUUGCACCUCAGAAAAGUACCUUCCACUCUCAAUUUGGUCAGUUGUGCGUUUUAUCUCCACUUCCAGAAUUUGAAAGUACAUUGGAUCAACUCAAUUCUAAAGUUACAUUACAAAAUCAUGCUGAGAUUGAACGAGUACUUUAUUCAGUUGAUAAGAUGAAUACAGAAUACUCAAUGGAGGAAAAGUCUGAUUUGUUAUUGGAAGGUGCUUCUUUUCGGCAAGAAGUUAACUCUCAUGACAUCAAAUUUCCUAUUUUUGAAGCGGAUGUUGAAAGUCUGGAGACUCUCAAAAUAAUAUAUACACUGGAUGAGAUUCUGAUUUUUGGUACUGUUCCAAAUCAGGAGAUAGAACAAACAGACGAGAUAUUUAGAAACAAUAAGGAGCUAUUGGGUUCUAACAAAUUUGACUUCAUAAAGCAUCUGUUUCAUCAUCCUUUGGUCAUACAGUGCCUUGACAACUCCAGAUUUGCAUCACAGCUGGAUCUUAUCAGCAUUAUAGAACUACCACAGUGUCAUGAGUACUUGACACACCAUCUUGAAGGAUCAGAUGAUGAUUUGAUUUGGUUGAUGAACCCUGUUGCAUUUGAUGCAUUCUUGUUUAUUGAUGCAAACCUAUAUAUUUUCCAUGAGACAUUUUCAGAUGCAGCAAAGGUGAUGGAAGUUGAAACAUGUGAAUCCCUAUUUGGAGAAGCCAUGAACUUCAGAAGUUUCAGUGAACUCAUUGUAUGUAAUGAGCUUACCCUUAUGGAUGACUCUUUCAAAACAUUGCCCAUACCUAUAUUUUCAGAUGAUGAAAACAACUAUUCAUUACAAAAAUUGGUCAAGGAAUUAUUUCCCCGGUUGGAUUGGAAAUCUUCAUCUGCAUCUGAUACUUUGUACCUUGAUUGGUGUUUUCUGGAAGAUGAUUGUGAAUCAGAAAAAUAUUCUUCUUGUCAGAAAAUACUGUGGGAGAUAGAUACUUUCACCAUUGAUCCUGCUACCAAAUUGAGCAACAUUGAACAGACAAUCUUUGAUUUUAUUCUAUCAGAAGGCCACUCUGCUGAGCCAAAUGCUGAAAACUAUAAUGAGAAGUCAAACUUCUCUACUAGUGAUGUCUCAGUAUGCAAAUCUGCUUCUAAAAUGGAUUCAAGUGGCUUGCCAAAUCAUGGAGAUGAAAAAAUUAUGAAUGCAGAUUUAUUAGUGAAACCUGGUGUUGAGAAUGUUUCUAUGCUUGGUGAAUCCAUGUCCAGUGAUCUCGAGUUUUUCAUGAACCCGCGUAAUUACCUUGCUGGAACAGAAAGUAAACAUGUUGAUAAGACAGUUAAUUCUGAUACUGUGUGUCAGGUGCCUGUGUCUAUUAAUGAUUCUGCUGCUCCUGUUGCCUCCAGGGGUGAUCAGCAGAAGUUGACUGUCAGGGUACAUCAGAUAUGGUUGUCUGAUGUUAUUCUGAGACUGAUAGAUUGUUUGUGGAAAAAUUUCUUGGCUAUGUUGGGGAACGACAAAGAGUUUAUACAAAUACGAACUCAAUAUCAAGCUUCCAAUGACUUGAAGCUACUUAACAUUUCCAAUGAAAAGUUCAUGCAAUGUCUUCAGAAUAAAAUUACAUUAAAUACUCACUUGGCUCGAAAUGAUGAUAAUAUUCUGGUGUUGGCCAUGCUGUUUACAAUUAAGCAGAUGGCUUUCUACCUUUGCUACUAUGGAAUUCAAGCAACUUUCCUAUAUGUGGAUGGUCUAAUUGCAAGCCUCCAGUGCCUGAGAACAAGAUUGCAUUCUUUUUAUAACCUGAUUAGGGAUGAAAAUCUGAAAGCUGAGAAAGAGCCAGGACGACUCCAUCCAUCUUUAUCUGUCAUGGAAGAAAUUCUGAAGACAGAAUUAAAUGACAGUAAAACAAAAGUUUUAAUUGUUUGUGACCAAAUUUUCUUGCUGUCGUUGAAGAGUCUGCUAAUAUCCUUGCAAAUAUCAUUUAAUGAACCACAGCACUCUUGCACCUCUUCAUGUCCACAUCCAUGCUUAGGGAUCGCAGAUGCUAUAACAGAUAUUAUUCUUAAUUCCAUUUGCUGCUUAGCAUCUUAUGAAUUUGUGUCGGCCUCAUUCCCUUUCAACAAAUUCAGUUUCAUAUUGGAAUAUGGUGGCUCAAAUAUAUCAUCAAGAAUAUCCUCUAUCUGCACGAAGUCAAACAGCCUGCCCGCUCUUUAUUUCCUCAAGGUGGAACUAAAGGGAUCAUGCAUUGCCGAAACUCUCACUUAUGGGGUUGACAUGCAUAAGAGUAUUGAAUUUGAAAUGAAAUGGGAUUUUAAAUCUGCAUUAGCCCAAAAAGAAAACAAAAAUACAUUGGAGGAGCUAAUAUGUGAUAUCCCUUUGAAAGAGACACAUGGCAAACAUGUGGACGCUGAAUAUGAUUUUAAGCAUUGCAACAUGAUGCCAAUUCAGUCUGUGCCAGUGGGCCUUGAAUCAAAGCAAAAUUUCAUGUCCAAGGCUUUUUCUGGCAACACUGUUAUAAUUGUGAAUACUCGAAAUUUCAUUGAAGAAAUGAUCAUUUCCAGAAGAAGCACAUACAAAAAGAUUCUUGAAAUGGAACAAGAAGGAGCACAAGUUGUAGAACGUGAUAUUGGUCUACCUGUUGAUAUAAUAUUAAGUCCUGCAGUCUGCCUUACUUGGUAUGAAUCCAGAAAUAUUGGAAAGAAAGUUUCAGCUCCAGAUGAGGCCUUUUCAUGUUUGCCUCUAUGUCUUGAAAGCAUUGCCACAAGUAUUUUGACAUCAUUGAGUUUUGCUUUCAGUUGCUGCAUCCUGAUAUUUGAGGGAGAGUGCAGUUUCUUAUGUAGCAUUAUGGAAUCCUCUGAUGAACUCUAUGCAGCAGCAGCUAGCUUGGGAAUUAAUUUGCAGAUCUUUUGUUCAUAUUCAUCUGAGAUGACUGAAGAAAUCAUAUUGUCUUGCAUCAAUGUAGCUGCAAAGUUGACUAGGGGCCUCUAUCCCAGGAUGUCAGACACAGAAAGCCUUGCUGAGUCUUUUCUCACUUCAUUCCCUUCCAUUAAUCCCCUUACAGCUCAUUCAAUAUUGUCAUUAGAUAUGCUACUUGGAACAUUUCUGGAAUUGUCAAUCGAAGACAGAAUUCAAGCUCUUCAAAUAUAUAAAGUUCCCGAUGAAAGCAUUGCUUUGAUGAGUGCAACAAGCAGAUAUGGGGAGCGAGAGGAUUCUAAAUCUGGAGUGACAGAUUGCUCAUCUUCACUAUCAAUUCCGGAUUUGAAAAUUGUUCAAUUGAACACUGCAUCUGAGGGGCGGAAACCUAAUCAUCCACAAGUUGUUUAUACUUCUGGAAGUCCUGAUAUAUCCAACAGAUCAGAGUUCACGUCACUGUCAGACAAAAAGUUGGCCAAUCAUGACAUUGAUAUAAACAUGAUGACUAUUGAUAAGUUAAGCCAUUCUGAUUUCCUAUCGACGAAAGAUCUUUGUAUAUCAGAUGAGAAAAAGGAUGCAUGGAUGCCUCACUUUGACUUAGAUUGCAGUCCAAAAUGGAAAACAACUAUGUCACAAACGAGCAACUUUAAGAGACAAAAUGACAAUGUGACUUGCAUUCCCCGGGAGAAUUUUACAGGUGAAGUCAUCAAUGUAGAUGAUACUCUGCCAUUUCAGGAUCUCUUUCCUGCUAAAUCUAACAGCUUUUCACUUGACAUUGGGAAAGAAUGUUCAGCAAGAAAUUCUAAAAUAUAUAAACUGCCACUGACUACAGCUAGUCUUCCCAUGUUUCCAAGUUCUGAGGUUGACUCUGCCCCCGAUGCCUGGCUUCCAAAGAAUGAGAAACAACGGAUCAUGAGAGAAGAUAUAAAACCUCAUUUUGAUAUCAUCAACAAAAAUGAUAUAUCCAUGGGAAACCAAAAAGGGUUUAUGGAGUACAGUAUGAUGGGAAAAGCUCCGCAGAAUUUCCAUAAACUGUCUUCCCGAGAAAAGGGAAUACAGAGUUUUGGUGGCACGCCACUCUCAAAUGCUCUUCACUCUACUCAAGUGCAACAAGGAUCACCAUGGACAAUUGAAUUUCUUAACAGAAUUAAGGAAAAGAGUAGGUUGCGAAGUCGAUCUUCAUAUGAAUUAUCUUCCCCUUGUCAUGUUUCCUCUGGGAACACUUCAAAGAGUACUAAAAGGAAAAGUCCUUCUAUUCUUGAAUUUUACAAGUACGAAAGGGGUAGCACCCCACAGAAGACAGUUGAGCGAAAGAGACCAAAAAGAUCUUCACAACAAGAGACAUCAUGGAAGAAUAUGAAAGCUUCUUCGUCCUGUCCUCAAUCGUGGACCCCUGUUGAUAAAAGAGCAAGACAGGCAUUAUCUUUUUCAACAAAUGGAAGUGGAGGGCAAAGUAAGCUGGUCUGGAGGGAUACACCGCAAAGAAGAUUGUAACACCAAGUAUGCAUUGUCAACUUACAGAAUUGUAAAGUGCACCUCAGGCAUCAACAUAUACCUUUUAGGUGAAACAACUUGCCUCAUUAUUGUGCAUCCUAGCUAGCAACCUCAACUCUGAACCUUUGUCUCCUAACUCAUGUUGAGAAGGUCCAGGUUAGAAAAGAAAAUCAUUCAGGUAUUUGUGUAUUGCAUUUGUGGAGUUUCGGUAGGAAGAAUUAUUGAGCAUAUUCGCAUCUUCAUUAACGCUUAUGUUCAGACCAGAUGAGCUUUCCUUGUAUAAAAUUGACUUACACUAGAAUGUGUUUUUCAUUGUUGAUAAAAUAGUGAUUUCCCCAUUUCUUAUGUUUAAUACGUUUAUAAUGUGAGUACACACAUAUUUCAUUGAACAAGUGAUGACUCACUUGUCUAAAUUAAGAUGUCAG